AAUAUUUUGAGAAUAAUUCCUGCUUGGUGUACAAUUUUCUACCGCGAAACCGCUGGUCGAGAAUGCGAACCAGAAGCAAAUCGAAGCGCCCGAAUUCACCAGAUGAACACGAAGCAAACCAGGGCGACGGCACUGAUGAUAAUGAGACUCUCCCUAAUAUUUCUAGAGAUGCUGUGGGAAAACUUUUGAAAAGGGUUAAGAAAGGGUUUAUCAAAGAGGAUGUCGGUUAUCUGCGUCACUGUGAGCCUGUUUCACCGAUGGAGAGAAGAUCAGAGGAGUUUGAGAGAGGACUUAUCGGUACACCUGGUGGAGAUGAUACACCUCAGCCUGAAUCUCACGGUAGUGAAGCAAUGGAGUGUGUAUCUGACCAUCUAACAGAUGAUGAGGAUUAUGGUUCUGAAUGGGAAGAUGGUUCGCUUCAUACAUUUUCAGAGGAUUUAGUGAAUGGAGUUUCUGUUGAGUUUGAUGUUUUGCCUGGGUCGGCAAAGCGGAAGCUCAUCCGGCGAGCCACUGCAGAAGAAAAGGAACUCGCUGAGCUUGUGCACAAAGCUCAUUUGCUUUGCCUACUGGGAAGGGGAAGGUUGAUUGAUAGUGCUUGUAAUGACCCUCUCAUUCAAGCUUCCCUUCUUUCUCUUGUUCCAAAACAUUUAAUGAAGGUAGCAGAUGCGCCAAAUCUUACUGCUAGAUGUUUGUCCCCCCUUGUCGAUUGGGUCCACAACAAUUUCCGUGUUAGAAGCACAACUUUGGAUGAAAAAUCAUGUGAUUUAGCGAUGACAUCCACGUUGGAAAGCCAAGAGGGGACACCAGAACUGGUUACAGCGUUAUCCGUGGCACUUUUUAGGGCCCUGAAUCUGACCACUAGGUUUGUCUCUAUUUUGGAUGUGGUCUCCUUGAAGCAUGGUGCUGACAAAUCAGAGCAUCAGUUGGAAUUUGGUAGCAAGAGGGAGAGAAAUGUAUUUAACUCUGCAACUCCAAUGGUUGCUGGACCCAGCAAUUCUUCUGCUUCUACUGUCAAAUCGUCUCCUGAUGUUGGGCCGAACUGCAGUCAGACUGCUGGGAGUGGUUCUGGCAGGCGGAAGGCUAAUAAAUCAAGAAAGGGUGGAAUCCAACCUCAAGAUGCUUCAAGUACCGAUAAGCCUAAAGAGAAUGUGUCAGAGUUGUCAGUAUCUGAGACCACAACUGAUACUUCUGAACAGUGCCCCGUGAAGAAUGAGAAAUUGAAAAGGAAAGGAGAUCUGGAAUUUGAGAUGCAGCUGAAAAUGGCACUUGCAGCUACAGCAAUUGGAAGUUCUACCAGUGAUGCUGAGGCGUCUACUGUGGUAGAACCAUCCAGUACAUCUGCGAUUCUCACUCCGCCUCCUAAAAGGAUGAAAAAAAUUAUAAAAGAUGAACCUGAAACAUCCUCGAGUGGAAUAUCUACAGCUAUUGGAUCGAAAAAGGUAGGAGCCCCACUUUAUUGGGCGGAAGUUUUCUGCAGUGGAGAAAACUUGACAGGGAAAUGGGUGCAUGUUGAUGCCAUCAAUGCAGUUAUAGAUGGAGAGGAUAAAGUAGAAGCUGCAGCUGCUGCAUGCAGAAAAUCUUUGAGAUAUGUGGUUGCUUUUGCUGGAAAUGGUGCUAAGGAUGUGACCCGCAGGUAUUGCACAAAAUGGUACAAGGUAGCAUCUCGCAGAAUCAGCUCAACCUGGUGGGAUGCAGUGUUGGCACCUUUAAAGGAGUUGGAGUCAGCAGCUACUGCUGGUAUCAGCAAUUUGGAAUCUGAAGCCUCAGGACUUGAGAAGGUCGAGUCUUCUCGAGUAGCAAAUGCAGAUCAUGGAAGCCUACCUCAUCCAGACGGAAUAGUUGGAACAUCCAGAGAGCUAUGUGACGUAAAAGUUUCAACGUCGCCUAUGAAGAACAAAUGUCCGUCUAACCGGAGCUCCCUAGAAGACAUGGAACUAGAAACUAGAGCACUUACCGAACCCCUUCCUACCAAUCAACAAGCUUACAGAACUCAUCCCUUGUAUGUGAUUGAAAGAUGGCUUAAGAAGCAUGAAAUUUUACACCCCAAGAGGCCUGUCUUGGGGUUUAUUUCUGGCCAUGCUGUAUAUCCACGCGCUUGUGUCCAAACUCUUCAUACUAAGGAUAGAUGGCUGCGCGAAGCGCUGCAAGUGAAGGCUGGUGAAGUUCCUGCUAAGGUACUUAAUCGCUCUUUAAAGUCUAUCAAAGAAGAAGCUCUGGAUGAUAAUAACUAUGCAGCUGUGGAUCAUCUAGAGACUACUACCGCUCUUUACGGGAAGUGGCAGACUGAACCACUGUGUAUUCCUCGAGCUGUUAAUGGGAUUGUGCCAAAGAAUGAGCGUGGUCGAGUGGAUGUCUGGUCUGAGAAAUGCCUCCCACCGGGUACAGUCCAUCUGCGCUUGCCAAGGGUGGCGCAGGUUGCAAAAAGGCUAGAUAUUGACUAUGCUUCUGCUAUGGUUGGAUUCGAGUUCAGAAAUGGCAGGUGUGUUCCUUCAUUCGAGGGUAUCGUGGUUUGUGAGGAGUUCAAGGAUGCUGUUCUAGCGGCAUAUGCAGAAGAAGAAGAGAGAAGAGAGGCCGAUGAGAAGAGAAGGAAAGAGGCACAAGCGCUAUCGAGGUGGUAUCAGCUUCUUUCCUCCAUCAUUACGCGACAGAGAUUGAACACUCUCUACGGAGAUGGAGGAGCAUCAUCGCAGUCCAUCGAUGAGAUCCCAAAACCGAGUGAUAAAUGCCCUAAAACAGCUACAGCAACAGCUACCCAGAAAAGGAAGGCAUCUCCAAUACGACAAGUGAAGACACCCGAGGAGAAACACGAUGUUUCACCCCUGACACCCACAGAAGACCACGAGCACGAGUUUGUAGUGGAAGAGCAGGCAACCAGCGAUGGUCUGAUGCAAAUAAAACGAUGCCAUUGUGGGUUCGUAUUACAGUUUGAGGAGUUGUAGAAAGUUAUUGGCCUCGUGCAAUUUUUCACUGGAUGUGGUUGCUAAUGUUGUAACAGCUGGUGUGCCAAUGCUGAUAUAGUAACAUAAGUAUUCAGAGAUUAUGUAUCUUUUUGGUUUGAUGAUAAGGAGUAGAUGAUUGUGAUUGUGAUUG